AUGAAGCUCUUGGUCCUCUCGGCACUAUUGGUCGCAACUUACGCGGCACCUCAAGGCUACAAUUUGGCCUCGCCAUCGGGAGGUGGAUUCUCCCAUGGUGGAAGUCACUCAUCUGGAAGUGGAUUCUCUAGUGGCGGAGGAUUCUCAAGUGGAGGCUCUGGUGGAGGAUUUUCAAGUGGAGGCUCUGGUGGAGGAUUUUCAAGUGGCGGGGGAAUCUCUGGUGGAGCUUUCUCCAGCAGCGGUGGAAUCUCAGGUGGAAGUUUCUCAAGUGGUGGCGGAGGAUUCUCCGGUGGAAGCAGUGGUGGAUUUGGUGGUGGAUCUGGAGGUCAUGCUGGUGGGUGUCGUGAUGGAGAGAUCCUGCAUGUAGAUGGAUCUUGCGUUGUUCCUGUAAUCACGAGAAAUGUGUUUGUGUAUGAUGCUCCUGAACAAUCUCAGCAGCCAAGCGGUCCACCACCAAGUGUCCCACCACCAAGAGUUGAUCAUAACAUUCUGUUCGUGCGUCUUCCUGAAGGAGGAGCAGGUCCUGAACCCAUCAUCGUUCCUCCACCAAGGCAAGAGAACAUCGUGUAUGUCCUGAACAAGAACGAUGGAGCAGGAGGCCAGCGAGUAAUUGAGGUUACUGCUCCUCCAGCUACCAACCCCGAGGUUUACUUUGUCAACUACGAAGAGGGAGAGAACCCAACUCUUCCUAUUGGCGUGGAUCUCGAGACUGCUCUUAACGCUGCCGCUAGUGCUGGUGGUCAAGUGAUCGGAGGCGCCGGAGGAGCAGGUGGCUUUGGAGGCGAUGGAGGAUUUGGCGGUAGUGGAUCAGGUGGCUUCGGAGGCGAUGGAGGAUUUGGCGGUAGUGGAUCAGGUGGCUUUGGAGGCGAUGGAGGAUUUGGCGGCAGUGGAGCAGGUGGCUUUGGAGGCGAUGGAGGAUUUGGCGGCAGUGGAGCAGGUGGUUUUGGAGGAGAUGGAGGGUUUGGUGGUAGUGCAGGUGGAAGUGGAGGAUUCGGUGGUGCAGGAGGAGUAAGUGGAGGUUUCGGUGGCGUAAGUGGAGGAAGCGGAGGCUUUGGUGGAAGUGGAGCAGGAAGUAGUGGAGGAUUUGGAGGAAGUGGAAGCAGUGCUCCAUCCACCUUAUAUUCUGGCCCUUAAGCAUUAGGGAAGGAACAGUUCCACUUUGCUACCUACCUUAAUGCCAUUUUGGCCAGUUAAUAUUUUAUUAUGAUUGUUUAUGACUUUUACUAAAAAUAUAUAUACAUAUAUGAAA